AGUUUCUACAAAGCUGGCUGCUUUAUUCGCAAUAAUGGAGUCUUCACCGUCGUCAACGGAGAAACCGAAUUUCCGAGCCAAAGUCCUAAGCGGACACCUAACCCAACAAAACAACCACCCUCCGAUCCUCCAAUGCUCGCUGUCGGCGUCGCCGUGCCUGAGCUACACCCCGCCGGAGGUCUCCGAGCCAGGCGGCUUGGACGUUUGGGAGAUGCGGAAGCUGAUGGACGGGCACAACUUGCAGGACAGGGAUUGGCUCUAUGGCAUCAUGAUCCAGAGCCAUCUUUUCAACCCGAGGGAGAGAGGCGGAAAGGUGUUUGUGGCGGCGGAUUAUAACCAGAAUAUGGAGCAGCAGAGAGAGAUGACGAUGAGGAGAAUUGGGCAUCUCUUAGAUUGUGGGGUUUUUAAGGGAUGGCUCACUGAAAAUGGCCCUGAAUCUGAGCUUAGGAAGCUGGCUCUCCUGGAUGUUAUUGCCCUUUUUGAUCACUCUCUCAGUGUCAAACUUGGUGUCCAUUUCAUUCUCUGGGGUGGAGCUAUCCAGUUUCUGGGAACAAAGCGCCACCAUGAUGAGUGGUUGAGGGAUACUGAAAAUUAUGCAGUGAAAGGUUGCUUUGCAAUGACAGAGUUGGGGCAUGGCAGUAAUGUACGAGGUAUUGAAACAGUCACAACGUAUGACUCAAGAACAGGAGAGUUUGUUAUAAACACUCCAUGUGAAUCAGCUCAGAAGUACUGGAUAGGAGGGGCAGCUAAUCAUGCAACACAUACAAUAGUAUUUUCACAACUUAAGAUUGACGGGAAAGAUCAAGGAGUCCAUGCGUUUAUUGCUCAGAUCAGAGAUGCAAAUGGUAACAUUUGUCCCAACAUUCGUAUAGCUGACUGUGGUCACAAGAUCGGUUUGAAUGGAGUUGACAAUGGCCGGAUAUGGUUUGACAAUGUGCGUGUUCCCCGGGAAAAUUUGCUGAAUUCAGUGGCAGAUGUUUCUCAUGAUGGCAAGUAUCUGACUGCAAUUAAGGAUCCUGACAGGAGAUUCGGAGCAUUCAUGGCGCCUUUGACAACAGGGCGUGUAACCAUACCAUCCAUCGUAACUUACUCAGCAAAGGUGGGCAUAGCCAUUGCCAUAAGAUACUCGUUGACAAGGAGAGCAUUUUCAGUCACACCAAAUGGACCCGAAGUUUUAUUGCUCGAUUACCCCAGUCAUCAAAGACGACUACUCCCUCUUCUUGCAAAGACAUAUGCCAUGAGCUUUGCUGCUAACUUCUUGAAAAGGAUGUAUGUGAAGAGGAAACCUGAAAUGAUCAAAACCUUACAUGUUGUUUCGAGUGCCUUUAAGGCUACCUUAAGCUGGCAUAAUAUGCGAACACUUCAGGAAUGUAGGGAAGCUUGCGGUGGGCAAGGCUUGAAAACUGAAAACCGGAUAGGCCAAGCAAAAAGUGAAUAUGAUGUACACUCUACUUUUGAGGGCGACAACAAUGUUCUUAUGCAACAGGUUAGCAAGGCGCUUCUUGCAGAAUAUGUCACAUGCAAAAGGAAGGGCAAGGCAUUUAAAGGAUUGGGAUUGGAACACAUGAAUGAACCUUGUCCUGUUAUACCUUCUAAGCUUUCUAGUGAUACCCUAGGGAGCAUCCAAUUCCAGAAUGACAUAUUUUGCCUGCGAGAGCGACACCUUCUGAAUCUCUUUGCUGCUGAAGUUUCACAACACCAAGCGAGCGGUGAAGGCAAAGAAAAUGCAUUUUUGUUGAGUUACCAGCUGGCUGAAGACUUGGGUAGAGCCUUUGCAGACCGUACAAUUUACCAUACUUUUGUAAAUGCUGAGCCUUCUGUAAACUCCGGUUCGCUAAAGAAUAUACUCAGUCUCGUAAGAUCAAUGUAUGCUAUGGCGAUUUUGGACGAAGAUGCUGCAUUCCUGCGAUAUGGAUGCUUAACGACAGAUAAUGCUGCUGCAGUUAGGAAAGAAAUCGCGACGCUUUGCAGUGAACUAAGACCUCAUGCUCUCGCCUUGGUCACUUCCUUUGGCAUACCCGAUGCUUUCUUGAGCCCCAUCGCUUUCAAUUGGAUCGACUCAAACGCCUGGUCUUCCCUUUAGGAUAACCUUUGUUAAUGUCUAUGAUGUUUUUUGGUCAUAAAUAUAUGUAUAAGAUUCCAACUACAAAGUACAUGUUCUAGUUAAUAAAUACGACCAAAUGAAUGCCAUCAGUCUAUGUUGCAAAAUA